AACAACAAAAAAUAAAUAAAUAAAAUAAACAUUACAAUCUUUCAACAUCACACCAGUUAAAACAUACAAUAACAAAUAUAUAUAUUAAUAUAUAAUACCAAACAACAACAUUAUCAGCAAGUCCAAAAGAGUGUAAAAAGGGCUAAGGCAGCAACGAAAAAGUUUUCCAACUGUUAAAAAGUUUCAGCAUACGUUCCAACGUUUUACGAAAAGAUAUGACAUGUGAUGGUGUUGUAACAUUUUGGAUAUUUUUACUACUUUCAUUAAUUUUACACAACGCCGAUUUAACGAACGGCGGUCGACCCGAUGAACUGCAUAUAGGCGGCAUAUUUCCGAUUGCCGGCACCGGAGGAUGGCAGGGCGGACAGGCGUGUAUGCCAGCUGCAAGACUGGCAUUGGAUGAUGUUAAUAAGGAGCCGAAUUUGUUGCCCGGCUUCAAACUCAUACUGCAUAGCAAUGAUAGUGAGUGUGAACCCGGGUUAGGUGCAAGCGUUAUGUACAAUCUACUCUAUAAUAGACCACAAAAAUUAAUGUUACUAGCCGGCUGCAGCACCGUCUGCACCACCGUGGCAGAGGCGGCGAAAAUGUGGAAUUUAAUAGUGCUCUGCUACGGUGCCUCGAGUCCGGCACUCUCGGAUCGCAGUCGCUUUCCAACACUAUUUCGCACACAUCCCUCCGCAACGGUACACAAUCCGACACGUAUAAAAUUAAUGAAAAAAUUCGGUUGGUCACGUGUGGCCAUAUUGCAGCAGGCCGAGGAGGUCUUCAUAUCGACCGUUGAAGAUCUCGAAAAUCGUUGCAUGGAAGCGGGCGUCGAAAUCGUCACAAGACAAUCAUUUCUAUCCGAUCCAACAGAUGCGGUACGCAACCUACGUCGACAAGAUGCUCGCAUCAUUGUCGGCCUAUUCUAUGUGGUGGCCGCGAGACGUGUACUCUGCGAAAUGUACAAACAACAACUAUAUGGAAGAGCGCAUGUGUGGUUUUUUAUUGGCUGGUACGAGGACAAUUGGUAUGAGGUGAACUUGGAAAAUGAGGGUAUCACUUGCACGAAAGAACAGAUGCGCAUUGCGGCCGAAGGACAUCUAACAACGGAAGCGCUUAUGUGGAAUCAGAACAAUCAAACGACAAUUUCCGGCAUGACAGCUGAGGAAUUUCGACAACGACUGAAUCAUGCGCUCAUCGAAGAAGGUUACGACAUCAAUCAUGAUCGCUAUCCGGAAGGCUAUCAAGAGGCGCCGUUAGCCUACGAUGCCGUCUGGAGUGUGGCAUUGGCAUUCAAUAAAACAAUGGAACGCCUCAAGCAGCGACAGAAAUCCCUACGAGAUUUUACAUAUACAGACAAGGAAAUUGCCGAUGAAAUUUAUGCUGCAAUGAAUUCUACACAGUUCCUUGGCAUAUCGGGUGUCGUCGCAUUCAGCUCACAAGGUGAUCGCAUUGCCUUAACACAAAUCGAGCAAAUGGUGAAUGGAAAAUAUGAAAAAUUGGGUUAUUACGAUACGCAAUUGGAUAAUUUAACAUGGUUAAAUAUGGAGCAGUGGAAUGGUGGAAAGGUACCUCAGGAUCGCACAAUUGUACGACGCGUCUUACGCACCGUAUCGCUGCCAUUAUUUGUCUGCAUGUGUACGAUUUCAAGUUGUGGUAUAUUAGUAGCCUUAGCACUUAUUGUAUUCAACAUAUGGAAUAAGCAUAGAAGAGUCAUACAAUCAUCACAUCCUGUAUGUAAUACCAUAAUGCUCUUUGGUGUCAUCAUAUGUCUGGCAUCAGUUAUACUCUUGGGUAUGGAUGGACGAUUUGUCAGUCCAGAGGAGUAUCCAAAAAUAUGUCAAGCGCGCGCUUGGCUACUAACCACCGGUUUUACAUUAGCCUAUGGUGCUAUGUUCAGCAAAGUCUGGCGUGUGCAUCGUUUUACAACAAAAGCGAAAACAGAUCCAAAAAAAAAAGUCGAACCAUGGAAGCUUUACACCAUGGUCUCCGGCCUGUUGUCUGUAGAUUUAGUUAUACUAUUCGCCUGGCAGAUUUUUGAUCCGUUACAGCGUAUACUUGAAACAUUCCCACUCGAAGAUCCUGUAUUAACAUCCGAUGAUAUUAAAAUACGUCCAGAACUGGAGCAUUGUGAGAGUCAUCACAAUUCUAUGUGGUUGGGCCUCGUUUAUGGCUUUAAAGGGCUAAUACUCGUGUUUGGCCUCUUUUUGGCCUACGAAACGCGUUCGAUUAAGGUGAAACAAAUCAAUGAUUCCCGUUAUGUCGGCAUGAGCAUUUACAAUGUUGUUGUGCUGUGUUUAAUCACAGCCCCGGUGGGCAUGGUCAUCGCAUCGCAACAGGAUGCCUCAUUCGCAUUUGUUGCAUUGGCUGUGAUAUUUUGUUGUUUCCUAAGUAUGUUGCUGAUAUUUGUGCCAAAGGUCAUUGAAGUUAUACGCCAUCCAAAGGAUAAAGCUGAAUCCAAGUACAAUCCCGACUCUGGUAUUUCGAAAGAGGAUGAGGAACGCUAUCAGAAAUUGGUUACUGAAAAUGAGGAUCUGCAACGACUGAUAACACAGAAAGAGGAGAAGAUCCGCAUACUCAAGCAACGCCUAGUCGAUUUUGAGGCCACACACAAGGGUGGCGAACUGAAUGGCAGCAAUGGCACUAACGGCAUAUCCAUGGGCGGCAUUGCCACACAUCAUCAGCCAGUAGCGAGCGUCAAUUCUCUAACCGGCGGUAUGAGUGCUACGCUAAUGGGUGGCGGCAAUGCAGGCGGCGGCGGCGGCUCCGGUUCGGGUUCCACAAACAAUUCACUCAAUCUACAAGCAACGACGUCCUCCUCACAGCAUAACACACCUGCCGCCACAUUAGCGAUAACACAAGAUACCCAUGAUCAUCAUACAUGAAAAAACGUGUCAAUUUCCUUCUCGUGAUAGGUAAAAUAUAUGUAAAUUAAUGAAAUAUGCAAGUGAAACGAAUGAAAAUAUUGCAGAUAGUUAUAACAGCGUUAUUGUACAAAUUCUAAUUGCAAUUAGUAAAGUGUAAAGUUACAAGUAAGCUUAGUAGUAAGUAGCAAUUAUAUGUGUGUGUCUGUAAUUGAAAUUGAUGUAGCUGUAAAUUUAAGUACUUUAACUAUAUAUAAAUACGAGAGUUGAAACUAAAUGAAGCGAAUGUAAGUUAUGGAAGUGAAAGCAAAAAAAAAGCAAGUGAAAAAAUAAAAACACAAAGUGUUGAG